AUGUUCAUGAACAUUCGUUUUGCGGAAGAAAACGAUUUCAUCAGAUGGGAAUUACCGAAACCGAUUACAGUCAUGAAUGCAGAUGGCACACCAAAUCAAAUGGGUACCAUUACUCAUUGUACCUGGAAGAUGAUGAAAAUCGGAGGAAGGAAGACACUUACUCGCUUCCUCUUGACCGGCAUUGGCAAAGAAAACAUACUUCUCGGCAUGCCGUGGCUUAAACGCCUCAAUCCGAUGAUCAACUGGGAAACCGGUGACUUUUGGUUUGGUAAAGACGCCAAAUGGCCACCGAAACCCACCGUCGAAGAUGCACCAGAUGAAGAAGUUUUGAUUUUCAAGGAAGAUGGACUUCCAGAGUUAAUCACCACCGAAACUUCCCCUACCUCGUUUGGGCAUUCGGAAUCUAUCAGAGAAAUCAUGGCCGAUAACACUGAGCGUGGCGAGUUACCCGCAGUGCGGAAUGAUACCGAACCAGAUGACCCACCAUCAGAACCCCCUAUGGAUCAGCUCGAUGACAAUGAUCUAGUUAUAUCCUAUAUUGCAGGAGAGCCAGUUAUUGGGAUAUUUGAACCCAUCAGGAAGGAGUCACCUUUGACGAAUGAAGAGACUGAAACAGCAGUCUUCACCAUACGAAGAGACCCCGCCAUUGGAAGAAUGACACACAGUACCCGAUCCCCAUUAUUCUGUAACGCACAGAAUACGGUCUUUUACAAACCAUCUGGUAAAUCACAAGAAUUGGCACAACAGGCACACAAGGAAACAUCAGCUGUAGACAAACCCAAAACCGUCGAGAAGUUGGUCCCCAACUACCUCCACGAUUUGAAGUCCGUCUUUGAAAAGAAAGCAGCUGAACGCUUUCCAGAAGCCAGGCCUUGGGACCACGCCAUUGACUUGAAACCCGAUUUUAUUCCACGCGACUGUAAAGUCUAUCCGUUAUCGCUCAAAGAACAAGGAGCGAUGGAUGACUUCCUGGAAGAAAAUCUGCGAAAAGGAUACAUUCGACCGUCGAAGUCUCCCAUGGCUUCACCAUUUUUCUUCGUAGGAAAGAAAGACGGAGCACUACGUCCCUGCCAGGAUUACCGAUACCUGAAUGAAGGGACAGUGAAGAACGCCUAUCCUCUCCCGCUCAUUUCUGACCUUAUGGAUCAAUUCAAAGGCGCAUCGAUCUUUACGAAAAUGGAUUUACGCUCCGGAUAUAACAAUGUCAGAAUCAAAGAUGGUGACCAAUGGAAUGGCGCAUUUAAGACAAAUCGCGGACUUUUCGAACCUAUGGUCAUGUUCUUUGGACUCUGCAACUCCCCGGCGACUUUCCAAAUGAUGAUGAAUGCACUCUUCAAGGACAUGAUCGAUGAGGGAUGGAUAGUCAUUUACAUGGAUGAUAUCCUCAUCUUCUCAAACGAUUUGGAAGAACAUCACGUUCGAACCCGACAUGUACUCCAACGACUCAAAGACAACGACUUAUUCCUUAAACCGAAAAAGUGUUUCUUUGAUGUUAAAGAAGUCGAAUUUCUAGGCAUGAUCAUUCGAGAAAACUACAUUGGCAUGGACCCUAUCAAACUUAAAGGAAUUGCAGAAUGGCCUGAACCAAGCACGGUAAAAGGUGUUCGCUCUUUCCUAGGGUUUGGAAACUUCUAUCGGAAGUUUAUUGCCAACUUCUCGGAUAUUGCCAAACCAUUGACAAAUCUUACGCGCACUGCCGCUGGAUCUCCACCUUUUGAAUGGACAACAGCAUGUCAGACAGCUUUCGACACAUUGAAGCAACGAUUCAGUACUGCCCCAGUACUGUUACUGCCUGACAAGGCAAAACCCUUUAUUGUUGAAUCCGACGCUUCCAAGUUUGCUACGGGUGCAGUUUUACACCAAGCCGAUAUCAAUGGAGACCUCCAUCCUUGUGCCUACAUUUCACAGACGCUCAAUCCAGCUGAACGGAACUACGAAAUCUAUGACCGCGAACUCCUCGGAAUCAUUCGAGCCCUCACUGAAUGGCGCCAUUAUCUUGAAGGCUCUCCCCAUCCCGUCGAAGUUCGCAGUGAUCACAAGAACCUCACGUACUUCCGUACAGCUCAGAAGUUAAACCGCCGACAAGCACGAUGGAGUCUCAAAUUAUCACAAUUUGAUCUUCACCUCAUCCAUGUCCCUGGCACUCAGAUGAUUCAAUCUGAUGCGCUCUCUCGUCGUAAUGGACUCGAUGACAGUGAAAGUGACAAUGAAGAUCGCAUUCUUUUACCCAACGCACUAUUCGUGCGAUCCAUUUCCCCGACACUAUUCGACGAAAUCAGGAAUCACGCAGGAAAAGACCUCAUUGUUCAUGAAGCCCUCGAAGCGAUUGCGCACAAAGGGCCAUUCCCCAUGAAAUCAUCGCUUUCCGACUGGGAAGUUCACGAUGGUGUCAUCCUCUACAAGGGAAAGAUUUAUGUUCCAUCAUCCGAAACUCUUCAUCGUGACCUCGUUCGACUACAUCACGACUCCCCUGCCAUGGGUCACCCUGGAAAGCUCAAUACUCUUGAACUGUUGCGUCGUGAAUUCUGGUGGCCCGGCAUGUAUACAUUUGUCUACAAUUAUGUUGAAGGCUGUGCCGCCUGUCAACAAAUGAAACUGAAUACUCAUCCAACUCGUAUUCCUUUGGAACCAAUUCCCGCCGACCCACACGCAUUACCAUUUUCCUGUUGCACCACCGAUUUUAUUACCGACCUCCCCGUUUCCAACGGUUUUGAUUCAAUUAUGGUCGUAGUAGACCAUGACCUUACGAAGGGGGUGAUUCUUACGCCCUGCCUCAAAACGAUCACAGCCGAAGGAACAGCCAAGAUUUUUCAUGACAAAGUAUACUCGCGAUUUAGAUUACCCGACCGAAUCAUCUCGGAUAGAGGACCUCAAUACGCAUCCAAGGUCUUCCAAGAGUUAAAUCGACUACUCCAGAUCAGAUCAUCAAUGAGCACAGCUUAUCACCCUCAGACGGACGGAGAAACAGAGCGAGUCAACCAGGAGCUGGAAAUCUAUCUUCGACUCUAUUGCGGAAACAACCCUGAAACAUGGGCCGACCGCCUGCCAGACCUCGAGUUUUGUCAUAACACAAGGGAACACUCAGCACGGAAGAUGAGCCCAUUCCGCAUCAUGAUGGGAUACGAACCACGUGGACUCCCUUCCGUAUUUCCGACCACGAACAUUCCAUCGGUUGAAUCCAGGCUUGACAUGUUGCAGAAGAUAAGACUAGAAGCACUAGCCAUGCACGAGUUAGCCCGACAACAGAUGGCGGACCGAGUCAGACAAGGAUCGCCGAAGUUUACACUAAGACAGAAGGUCUGGCUAGACUCGAGGAACCUGAAGGUCAAUUAUGCCUCGCGCAAGAUAGCACCAAAGCGUGAGGGGCCAUUCGAAAUUGUCGAAGUCAUCGGACCGGCCAACUAUCGUCUCAAACUCCUGAAGACCUGGCGAGUUCAUUCCGUAUUCCACGCCGCCCUUCUAUCUCCUUAUCGCGAAAACGACAUACAUGGUCCGAAUUACAUGAACCCACCACCUGAUGUCGUUGAUAACAAGGAAGAGUACGAAGUCGAAGCCAUCCUGAAUCACAAGACGUACCGAGGUCAUCUGAGGUACUUAGUCAAGUGGAAGGGAUAUUCUUCAGCAGAAAACUCGUGGGAACCCACCCACAAUUUACAGAAUGCCAAGCGAAUCCUCGAUGCAUAUAAAAGGACCAGGGGAAUCCAGUAG